UGCUCAUUUUUUUGUGUAUAAAUACCUGCACCUGAUACCUGCAUAUCACACCUGUGCACAAUUGUCUGAUGAUCUUGCGGCGACCAAACACAAAGACAAGAAUGCAGACCGCAACAGUAACUCUCCUGGUCAUGGCUGCAGUCCUCUGGAGCAACACUGAAGCUUUUUCAGACGCAGCUGUGGACUGCUGUCUAACCACCAAGGACACUCGUAUUCCAAUACAGAUUGUUGCAUCCUACUUUCACCAAACCACAGAAAGUGGUUGUGCCAUUCCAGCUACUGUAUUUAUCACAAAAAAGGACAAGAAACUGUGUGCUCCACCAGAGAAAAAUGGCUGGAUUACCAAGAUCAUCACACACUUAGACAAGAAGAAGAAAACUUCUCAGUAGGAGCACAGAUGAAAAAAAAACUACCACUCUUCAAACUCUUAGUUCUGCUCUCGUUAGUUCUGUGACAUCUCACAGACAUCUUCAAAGCUAAAUCAGACAUUUAGCAGAAGUUGUGCAGGUCUUCUUCCUUGAAACCGUUUUCUAGCUCCUGAUAACAAAAAAAACCCUAUUCUGGUUUCGUUUUCCUGCCUCACAGAUGGGAGCCGAGGAUGAUGACCUUGUAACUGCACUGAGCAGCACUGGACAGACAGGAAGUGACUACUCUUAAUCAUUAACUAAAAGUUAUUUACAAAGUGUUUUGGAAAUCAUGCAGAUUUGGGGAAUGCAUGGUGGUCAGACUUUGUAAAUGAUUAAAAGCGGCUAUGCUAUUUGUUUAUAUUUGACUGUAUUGUUUUACUGUAGCAAUUAUGAGUCUCAUACAUUUGCAUGAAUCAUCCUGUAAGCUGUGUCUGUAUUUUUAGAACUUCUAUUAAUGUAUGUAGCAUA